AAUUAUUUAUGGCUGACCUAAACCUUAACGAUUCCAAUCUCGAUUCACAAGAAAACCAAGAAAUUCUUUGAGCAAACCCGAAUAAAGAGUCUCUUCAUAAUCGAGAGGCUUCCAGUACAGUUAUCGAGGAAAUAUUCGAUCAAGCUACAAAGCAAAAUGAGUCCCUGCUAAACUCACGAGCUCUACCUCCUAGGCCAAAGAAGAAGGGUAAGAAGAGCAACAUUCACAAACGGAAAGAAUCUCGAAACACAGCAAUGUCAACACUAGUAUCAACUUCCUUCACAUCAAUGAAGAGUAAAUACAAACCUAUAUCAAUCAGAAGGAGCUAUGCUACAAAUGACUCCGACUUAACUUUUAAGCCAAAGCUAGGGAAGAUCACAAAAUGAUUAACAGCAAGAAGAAGUCGCUCUCAAGGAGUCCACGAUAAACUUUAUAAAGAAGCAUUACAGUCCAAAUUUGAUAGAGUAAUGAUCCCUCUGUAUGACACUGAAAGAUAUCUCAACGACACUUUUCAGCCAAGUAUUAAGAAGUCAAAUGAUCCCAACUAUUAUGAACCCAAAUCAAAGUUGAAAGGUAAAUUUUAUGAUAGAUGUGUCUCCUGGAAGAAAAGACAUGAUAAAUGGAUCAAAUAAAGCCCAAAAAGUCCAGAAAAGAAAACUCAGAGAGGAAAUAAAGAGAAGCCAUGUAGAGACAAUGCGCUACUCUCUUCGAAGUAACACCGCACGUUCACCCGGUACCUGCCUCCAAUACUCAGGUGUCACAAGCCACCUUGAGCGACAGCACAAAGCUCAAGAAGAGAAAGCUCUAAUCACAAAACUAAAAAGCAGCGGUAUCCACAGAAACCACAAGAGUCCUCCAAAGACAAGAGUGACCAUCCCUUCCAGGACCCUCUUCAGACUCCACCUCAGUUCAGCUAUGAGUACAAUCAAUGCUUAUCGAACCUGUGAAGACGGGCAACGGCUGACUUCAAAAGAUCUAGCAUCGAAAGGCUUCACUAUCCCAGAGAUAAUCCAGACAGCAAGUGACCUAGAGAAUAGCUCCAGAGAGCGGAUCAAGCAGCAGUUCACUGGGGAAGACCAAGUGCUUAGGGAUAUAAGCAAGGAAGAUGAUUACUUAAGCGCAGUGCAGACUUUGCAUAAGUAUCUGCAUUCAUUUGAUAUGUAUUAA